AUGAAGACCAUAUUUGUGCAGACCUACAGCAGCUCCAGGAUGGCUGAUGAACAGAGCAGUCAGGGUGAGCCUGUUUCUCCUCUCUCAUUUGUUCAUCUUUCAACAAAUACCUCUUCAUCUUCACCUUCAUCAUCUUCCUGGUCUAAAACAGUGAAGGUGUUCCUGGUCGUCACUGGUCAGACCUUUGGUGCUGAUCAGGUCAUACUGGAACAAGUGGAGAACACAGGAUGGUCAACAUGGAAGGUGGAGAUCACUAGAAACCUGCAGGAAUGUGACGUCAUCAUCGUCUUCUGUCCAAUCGUGUCUCGUGUUGGAUCAGAUGUGGAGGCAGCCAUGAGAGAGGAUUCAGUGUCAUCUGGAGGUAAACCAGUCAUUCUAGUGCUGAUGCAUCACACCAGAGACCCCGACUAUUCAACCAGUGUCAGAAAAUGGUCUGAAACCUUUCAGAACGUCGUGUUGGAUGUUCACGUUCUCUUCCACGAGACUCAGCCGGGAUCACUGCUCUGUUCAAGAAAUGACCGGGCCGUCAAACUAAUACAAGAAGAGUUAAAGAAACCAGUUUGUAAAACUCAUUCAGUUUUGGUGUUUAACAGAGAAACAGGUUCAUGUGUCUGUAGUUCUGAAGAAAAGAUAUAUAAAUAAAUGCUUUAAAUGUUUAAAAUAUCAGCUUUAUAACAGGUCAUAUCAAUGUGAUUUCUCAAUCAAUCAAUGAAUGUGUGAUUGCAGCAGUAGUCCCGUGGUAGUGCCGUGGCGUCAGAUAAGGGGGGUGAAGGAUCUUAUUUCCAUUAGGAGCUGCAGUAGCUGCUCACCAACAACCAGCAGGUGGAACAUGUGAGCAGACCAGAUGUAGUCGACCUGUCAGCAGACUGAGGAACAGAGGAACGGUGGGAAAGUAUCUGGAAACAAGUCAAGACACUGUUUAACUGUCUCCCAGGCCUGUACAGUAAACCUACACAUUAAAGAGUCUUAAUUCAUAAUGG